UCGUGGGUCAGCAGCAAGGAUGUGGGCAUCCGUCGGUGGUGGCCUGAGGUGGAGAAGACGUUGCUGCUCUUCCUGAAAAAGAAUUGAAAAACUUUUUGUGAUGGGGGGAAGGGUUUCCAUGGCUAAGAUCUGGGUUCUGAGUUGGGAAAAAGAGUCAUUAAGGCCAAGAAGAAAUUGAAUGAUUGUGUUGCUGCAGGGAGGAUAACUCACGUUUGAGAUGGUAAAUCCUGGCAUUGUUGCCAUGGCAAAAUCUGGACUUGAGAUCGAGCCACACAGCUCAGGGAUUAGUGUGAAAUUCAAGGGAGUUGGCUAUGGAAGGACUGAUGGGAUUUAGGAGCCAGGAAAACACACCCUCAGUUAGCACUCAAAAAAACCUUGAAGAUGGGCCAGUUGCAGCAACUGUGACUGAAAGUGAGUUGAAAGUGACCGUUGAAAAAGAACUUGUAUCCCAGGCUGAGGAGGAGGAUAUGGAAGCUCUUUUGGACACGUAUGUCAUGGGUAUUGGCGAGGCAGAGGCAUUUUCUGAACGGUUGAAGCGGGAGCUUCUGGCUUUGGAAGCAGCAAAUGUGCAUGCCAUUUUGGAAAGUGAACCUUUGAUAGAUGAGGUGUUGCAAGGCCUUGAGGCAGCAACAUACUGUGUUGACGACAUGGACGAAUGGCUAGGCAUAUUUAAUGUUAAACUUAGACACAUGAGAGAGGACAUUGAGUCGAUAGAAACCCGCAAUAACAAAUUGGAGAUGCAAUCUGUGAAUAAUAAAACUCUCAUUGCGGAACUUGAUAAGCUUCUUGAGCGGUUGCAUGUCCCUUCGGAGUAUGCAGCAAGUUUGACAGGAGGUUCAUUCGAUGAGUCUCGCAUGCUUCAAAAUAUAGAAGCAUGCGAGUGGUUAACUGGUGCUUUGCGUGGCCUUGAAGCUCCAAAUUUUGAUCCUAACUAUGCCAAAAUGCGAGCUGUCAAGGAGAAGCGGGCAGAACUUGAAAAGUUAAAAAGUACAUUUGUCAGGAGAGCUUCUGAGUUCUUGAGAAACUACUUUGCCAGCUUGGUGGAUUUCAUGAUAAGUGACAAAACAUUCUUUUCUCAGCGAGGACAGUUGAAGAGGCCUGAUCAUGCUGACUUGCGGUACAAAUGCAGGACAUACGCCCGCCUUCUUCAACAUCUAAAGAGUCUUGAUAAGAAUUGCUUGGGUCCACUGAGAAAAGCUUAUUGUAUCUCCCUUAACUUGCUUCUUCGUCGGGAGGCUCGUGAGUUUGCAAAUGAACUUCGUGCUAGUACAAAAGCACCAAAAACUCCAACCAUUUGGCUUGAAGCUUCCACAGGCUCUGGUCAAAACACGAAUGCUGCAGACACUUCUACUGUUUCUGAUGCUUAUGCUAAGAUUUCCUUUUUUGCACACUUCAUGUGCUUUGAAGUUCCUGCACUUGUUCCUCCUGGUAAUAAACCUGCAUAUGGCAACGAUGAUGCCAAUGAUGAUGAUCUGGGGAUUAUGGAUAUUGAUGAAAAUGACUGUAAAACUGGUAAAAACUCAGCUGAGCUUGCAGAAGACUUCUAUGCUGUGGUUGACUGGGCAUACAAGAUUGAUCCAUUACGCUGCAUAUCAAUGCAUGGAAUUACAGAGCGCUAUCUCUCAGGUCAGAAAGCUGAUGCAGCAGGAUUUGUGCAUCUCUUGCUUGGUGACCUAGAGUCAAGAAUUUCUACACAGUUUGGGCGUUUUGUAGAUGAAGCUUGUCACCAAAUUGAAAGAAAUGAGCGCAAUGUGAGGCAGAUGGGUGUCUUAUCAUACAUCCCAAGAUUUGCAGCUCUUGCAACUCGAAUGGAGCAGUACAUCCAGGGACAAUCUCGGGAUUUGGUCGAUCAAGCAUACACAAAAUUUGUUAGCAUAAUGUUUGUUACGUUGGAGAAAGUUUCACAAACAGAUCCAAAAUAUGCUGAUAUGUUUCUGCUAGAGAAUUAUGCAGCUUUUCAGAACAGUUUGUAUGACCUAGCCAAUAUUGUGCCUACAUUAGCCAAAUUUUAUCAUCAGGCAAGUGAAGCUUAUGAACAAGCAUGCACACGUCAUAUCACCAUGAUUAUUUACUCUCAAUUUGAAAGACUCUUCCAGUUUGCUCGAAGAAUUGAGGAUUUGAUGUACACAAUCGCGCCAGAAGAGAUUCCAUUCCAGCUUGGGUUAUCAAAAAUGGAUCUCCGGAAGAUGUUAAAAUCUAGUGUUUCUGGGGUUGACAAGAACAUCAGUGUAAUGUAUAAAAAGUUGCAGAAGAAUUUAACUUCAGAGGAACUUUUGCCUUCUUUAUGGAAUAAGUGCAAGAAGGAGUUUCUAGAUAAGUAUGAAAGUUUUGCUCAACUUGUUGCAAAGAUUUACCCCACUGAGAUCAUUCCAUCUGUUGUAGAAAUGAGAGAACUUCUGGCCUCCAUGUAGAGAGAGUUCGAAUUGUAUGAUCUUGAAUUGUUUCUUUUUC